AUGGGUGCGUACAAGUAUCUUGAAGAACUUUAUAAAAAGAAACAGUCUGAUGUUCUUCGCUUCUUACUACGUGUAAGAUGUUGGGAAUACAGACCUGAUAAAGCUCGUAGAUUAGGUUAUAAGGCAAAGCAAGGAUAUGUUAUUUAUCGCAUUCGUGUUAGACGUGGUGGUCGUAAAAGACCUGUACCAAAGGGUGCUACAUUUGGUAAACCGGUAAAUCAAGGUAUAAAUCAACUCAAGUAUCAACGUUCUCUCAAAGCAACUGCCGAAGAACGUGUUGGUCGUAGAUGUAGUAAUUUGCGUGUUUUAAAUUCUUAUUGGGUUAAUCAGGAUUCAACUUACAAAUACUAUGAAGUAAUUCUCGUCGAUCCCAAUCAUAAAGUGAUUCGUCGUGACCCAAGAAUCAAUUGGAUUGUGACUGCUAAACAUAAGCAUCGUGAAUCCAGAGGUCUUACUAGUAUUGGUAAGAAGAAUCGUGGAAUUGGUAAAGGUCAUAGAUUUAAUAAGACAAUUGGUGGUGGCCGUCACUCAAGUUGGUUACGUCGCAAUACAUUAUCAUUGCGUCGUUAUCGUUAA